UAACUUUGUGUUAAAGGGAUUAUCGAUGGCUUAAGGGAAAGAAUUGAUAUGCUUAAAGAUAAUAAAAGUGACAAUAUUUGUAGAACAAUUACUAUGAAAUCAGUUUUAAAAAGAUAUGCUUGAUCUUUGUCCUGAGAUUUCUGUUUUUGUUCAAAGGCAAAUUUCCUGCCUAUUAUGCAAAAACUGUAACAUUUCCUGGCCCUCAGUUCUUUUAAAAAAUAUGUGUGGAAGGUAGAAGAAUAGCAUUACUUAAGAUUUCUAUUUGUGCGACGUAUUUUCAAUUAUUAUCUGGAUUUAUAAGCAAUGCUUGAUAUAACAUUCAUUUCCCAUAAUCUCUGUUUCAAUUCUGCCAUCUUUAAAAAAACAACAACACAUAUUUCUAGUAGACAUAUCCAUUCCUAGAGCAGGCGAUUCCACAGGAAUGCUUGUAUGUUAGUGAAGGGAUUCCUCCGACUUCAUGUAAAAUCCAUGCUGUUGUUUGAAGUGAAAGAGAGUCUCUAUUGUGCAACUGUCAAACCUCCUGAUCCAUUUCCGUAGUGUAACAGCCACAUUUACCUGUUUUAAACAGAAGAAAUAACUUUAGUUAUUUAGCUGUACAAACAUAUUUAUUGAAUGCCUUUUCUGAACCGAUCCUGUGAUAAUGUGCUAGAGAUUUCACCGUGAUCAAGAUAAACACCCAUAUCCAACUUAUAUUUUAGAGGAAGAUAAUAGAUAAAUACCAGAAUCUCUAUUUUACAGAGGGGCUAGGAAGGAAAACAACAUGGUGAUGUGAGGGAGUAACUGAUGGCUUGAUUGGGUGUGGGGUCCUAAUUUAGACAAGGCUUCUCUGGAGGUGGGGCUUUUGAACUGAGAAUGAGAGGAAAGCAGACCGCACAGCAUGUGCAAAGGGGCUGGAGGUGGUCAGAGAUGAGACCGUGGCCUGCACACCUUAUGUCUAGUAAAGAGAGAAGGCUGGAGAAGUGUGGAGGGGCCAGCUUUUAGGUGGCGAGGCUUGAUCCGAUGCAUAUUUCAGGAAGGCUGUUGUCUGGGCAUAUGGAUGUGAGCGGGAUGUGAUUUAGCAGAGUUGGGGGAGAUCUUUGGAAGCUUUGAGAGAAAUUUUAAUGAUUUGGAUCAGGAAUGUGGUGGUAGAAAGGGCGAGGAAAUCGUGCGUUUGGAAGUGGAACCAACAACACCUGCUGAUGUGGAGGGAAAGGGAAGAGGAAUUUAGGAUGACCCCCAGGUUUUGGCAGGAAGGUGAGGGAAGAAUAGUAGCAAAACAGAUCCUGAAGGGUCAAAUUAAACCAUAAUGUGAUGCCCUUUCACACCACCAAGAUGAAAAAAACAAAAUGUAAAGGAUGACAAAACCAAGACAGGGGAUGAUGGAGAGCGACUUGAAGUACGACAGUGUUGGAAUACUUUUUGACAUUAAUUGCCCAAAUCGGAUAUCCACAAAUUCCAUGCACUCUUCAUUCUUCCUCUCCCCCAAAUUCCCUUCGCCUUAAGACCACCAGAGGGUGGUCCAGUGCUCGGAGUACAUGGUGGGGGGCGGGGGGGGAGGGAUGUCACAGAUUCCCCUGUUUCCCAGAACGACCCCCGGAAGGAGUGUGACCCCGGCCCGCUGCAUUGUAUGGGGUGCAGAACAGUUGCAGGCCUCGGUCACCCUCGUCCAGCUCCAAUGCUUAAAUCGCCCUGGUCCCACUUCAGUGUUUUUCUUGGCAGAGCACAGGCUGGGGCAAGGUCGCCCCUCCUCCUCCCCGUGGCCUAGAAUAUGCGGAGCGCCUGCAGUUUCCGACGCUGCCACGCGGGGCCGCUAUUGCACCCAGCGAGCAGCCGGCAGCUUCCUGCGGGGCGGCGGCCAGGCUCCCACCUCCACCACCCGGCGUCCAGGCACCCCCCAGGACCCAGGACCCAGGACCCUGGACCGACCGCCUAGUACCGUUACCAGCGCUAUUGACUGUUGAGAGUUCAAAGUCAACACAAAGAUUCCAAGCUUUCUGAGAACCUUCAUGUAUCUUGGACUCUCAGACUAACCUUGGGAAAGAGAGCGCGCAGAAAUCUCUAGACCUUGGCCAUGAUCACUUCCUCCUUUCAAGCCUCUGUGGCAGUUUUUGCCCUGGUUACCCUGCAUGUCAGUGCCCGGGAUACAUUUAUAGCUGCCGUGUAUGAACAUGCUGUCCUAAGGCCAAAGGACACAGAAACACCUGUUUCUCGGGACGAUGCCUUGCUCCUUAUGAACAAGAAUAUAGAUAUUCUGGAGAAAGCGAUAAAGCAGGCAGCUGAGCAGGGUGCUCAAAUUAUUGUGACUCCAGAAGAUGCACUUUAUGGAUGGAAAUUUACCAGGGAAACCAUUUUCCCUUAUCUGGAGGAUAUCCCAGACCCUCAGGUGGACUGGAUUCCAUGUCGAGACCCCCAAAGAUUUGGUCACACACCCAUACAAACAAGACUCAGCUGCCUGGCCAAGAACAACUCUAUUUAUGUCUUGGCAAAUAUUGGGGACAAAAAGCGAUGUGAUUCUCAGGACUCCACAUGUCCUCCUAAUGGCUAUUUUCAGUACAAUACCAACGUCGUGUAUGAUGCAAAGGGACAAUUGGUGGCACGUUACCACAAGUACCACCUCUACUCUGAGCCUCAGUUUGAUGUCCCUGAAAAGCCAGAGCUGGUGACUUUUGACACCACCUUUGGAAGGUUUGGCAUUUUCACAUGCUUCGAUAUACUCUUCCACGACCCUGCUGUGGCCCUGGUGAAAGACUUCCAUGUGGACACCAUACUGUAUCCCACAGCGUGGAUGAAUGUUUUGCCCCUAUUGACAGCUAUUGAAUUCCACUCAGCUUGGGCUAUGGGCUUGAGAGUUAAUCUUCUUGCAGCAAAUAUACACCAUGUGCAACAAAAUAUGACAGGCAGUGGUAUUUAUGCACCGCAUUUGCCCCGAGCAUACCAUUAUGAUAUGGAAACAGACUCGGGAAGGCUCCUCCUUUCAGAAGUGGAUUCGCGUCCCCGAACCUCUCCUGCCUACCCCACAGCCGUGGGCUGGAGUGCCUAUGCCACAACCAUCAAACCAUUCCCAGUCCGGAAAAAUACUUUCAGUGGGUUUAUUUCCCGAGAUGCGUUCAACUUCACAGCACUUUUUGAAAAUGCAGGAAAUCUUACAGUCUGUCACAAAGAUCUCUGCUGUCAUUUAAGCUACAGAAUGUUAAGAAAAGAAGAGAAUGAAGUGUAUGUUCUAGGAGCUUUCACAGGACUUCACGGCCGAAGGAGAAGAGAGUACUGGCAGGUAUGCACCAUGCUGAAAUGCAAAACGACUAAUCUGACAACUUGUGGACAACCAGUAGAAACAGCUUUGACAAGAUUUGACAUAUUCUCCCUAAGUGGUACAUUCAGAACAGAGUAUGUUUUUCCUGAAGUGCUACUUACUAAAGUUCAACUGUCACCUGGAAAAUUUGAGGUACUAAAAGAUGGGCGUUUGGUAAACAAGAAUGGACCCUCUGAACCUAUUCUGACAGUGUCACUCUUUGGGAGAUGGUACACUAAGGACUCACAUUCCAGCUCAGGAGGGAUCAGCAAUUUGGAAACAACUAACCUGCUAAUAGCCACUUUUUUAAUGAUCAUAGCUUUGCAAAUAUUAUGAUGGUAUAAGACAUCACUUUUUCACAUUUAUUUUUGCAGCAUAUAUUUUGCUAAAUGUGUUUAUUGGCUUUUCAAGUUUACUAAGAAACUUUGAAGGGCGAUCUCAAUGGUAUAGACCAGUGAUGGCGAACCUAUGAUAAUGUGUGUCAGAGGUGACAUGCGAACUCAUUUUUUUGGUUGA